AUGGCAUUGCCCAGCGCACUUUCGGAGAGGAUUGCGAAGGAAGACGCAGACCUCAGGGUUGUAUCACUUCAAAAGCUCAUGGAUGGGGAUGAUAGUGCCAAUGACGACCUUUUGAAGGCGUGCACAGACCUCGGGUUCUUCUAUCUCGAUUGCCGGCAUGUUGCCUCGGGCAGAGUCAUGCAAGAAGUUCAGGACAUGUAUUCUCUUGCAACCAGCUUCUAUGAUUUACCGCAGGAAGCGAAAUCCGAGUGGCUAGUUGAUAGAGACCACGAUGAGCACUUGGUCAUGGGAUAUAAACCUGCCGGCCACGGAAAUGGCCCGGUUGAAGGAAAGAAGGAUGGCUUUGAAGGAUUGAUGCUAUUCGAGCAUCCGAUCUCUAAAAUUAGCGAUCCUUCCCUUUUUCCUGGACCCGACGUUAUUUCAAGCCAGCUCCUCGCUCUCAAACAGGCUAUGUCAAGCUUUCGGGAGAUGAGCGUGCUUUUACUGGCCCGAAUCUCCGAGGCCUUGGGUUUGGACACCAGCAAAGCGUAUCAACAGUAUCAUCGGAAGAAUGCUGUUUGUCCUACAGCACUCGGUUUACUCAAGUACACACUUGCUGAAGUUGAGCCCGAUAAAGUAGGACAAAUCGCGCAUUCAGAUGCCGGAAGUCUGUCCAUUGUCUUUACGGAGGUUGCCGGCUUGCAGGUCUUGAAGCCGAAUGAGGAGACAUGGUAUUACAUUGCUCCGAAGCCUGGCCAUGCCGUUGUCAACGUUGGAGACGCACUUCGCUUCAUCUCAGGAGGCGUACUAGAGUCGAGUUUGCAUCGCAUCAUACCACACAAGGACGAGAUGGGGCGCCAUAAGUACUCCAUAGUGUACUUGCUACGGCCUGAGAUGGAUGCCGAGUUUACAGACGCCGAGGGAGUUGUCUGGAAAGGACUAGACUGGACCAACAAAAAGCACGCUGUCUUUCGCGCAUCGGCUGAAGAGCAAUCGAAAGGAGGCUCAUCCGGCAUUGGCCUUGCAGCGGCCAAGAUAUUGGCGUCUAAGGGAUCAAAAGUUCUGCUUCUCGACAUUUUCGAACCCGAAGAGAAUCUGCCGGAGUUGAUACGGUUCAGGAAGUGCGAUGUUAGCCAAUGGCUUGACUUACGCAAUGCGUUUGCGGACGUAGGCCCUGUCCACAUUGCCGUUGCAAAUGCCGGAAGAGGAGAAGAUGGGACUUAUCUCACAGACUCGUACGAUGAUGAAGGGAAUCUACUCGAGCCAAACUACGACGUUAUUUCUGUCAACCUUCGCGGAGUCCUGAACUUUGUCAAGCUCGCCCUCAAUAACAUGAAGACCAAUGGUAUCCAAGGAAGUGUAGUUAUCACGUCGAGCGCAACCGCAUAUGCGGCAGAGCAAUCACUUCCCGUCUACUGUGGCACGAAAGCAGCGUUGAUCAACUACAUGCGGGCGAUGCGGUCAACGCUCCGUGAUGCCGGCAUAACAAUCAAUACCGUGGCCCCCGCCGCCACCAUUACCAAACUUUUGCCUGCCGACUUGGCUGCUCCCAUUAUGGCUGCCGGUUUGCCUGUCAGCUCAGCGCACUUCGUAGGGCUGGCCAUUGUUCAUUCUGCUACUGCUUUGGAGCCGAAGAAAGUUCAAAAUCUGCUCGAAGAUAUGUCGCUGGAGGAAGGUUCAGCCUACAACGAAAGAUUAAUUUCUUUGUCUAAGGGCAAAGCAGAGCCUGAUCGUGCCGUUCCGGUGGAAUGGAUUACGUAUGAGCUGUGGAACGACAUGCGGUCUUGCGAUAAGGUGCUGGCGGAUGCCAUUCUCGAGCCUGUAUUCACCUUCAUGCGGGCGCAAACUGACAAGUCCCGUUUGAGCAUCAAUGAGCUUGGGCAUUACCUGAAUUAUCGUGAGAGAGACGUUGGCAAAGCUCUUCUAUCCGCCUUGAUGCGCUUCAGUAUGAAACUGCACCUUAGCCCAGAGCAACUGCAUAGUGUUCACGAAAUUGAGAUGAACUGCUCCAAACACAUCUCCGUUGUGAACGACAUCUACAGUUGGGAAAAGGAACUACUCGCCAGCCAAAACGGGCAUGAAGAGGGAUCGGCGUUGUGCUCUUCUGUGUCCGUUUUAUCUUCGGAGACCAAUCUUCAUUUCUCAGCAUCGAAAAGAAUUCUUUGGGUCAUGUGUCGUGAGUGGGAAUUGGUCCACGAGGACUUGGUCAAAAGACGACUCGAGUCACAGAUUGCAUGCAGCAGCGACCUGCGCGCUUUUAUGAAGGGUUUGGAAUAUCAGAUGAGUGGCAAUGAGGCAUGGAGCGAGUCGACUCCAAGAUAUCACUCUGUGUAG